AUGGAUAAUAGAGACGAUUUAGAUCCUAACGAUCUUGAAGAGGAAGAGAACGAAGAAGAAGUUAAAAAUAAGGGGAAUGAAAAAUUGAUUUCUUAUGCUUCUAAAGGAAUGUAUGCAGAAUUAAAGAAGCUCUUAGAGAAGAAGCAAUAUAAAAACAUUAAUCACGAAGAUAAGAAAAAAUGGACACCAAUUAUUUGGGCUGCUUGUAAAGGACAUACAGAUAUUGUUAGAUUACUUAUAUAAUAUGAUGCCCACAAGUAAUAUGUUGAAGAUACACUUCACGAUAAGAGGGCAACUUUAGGUGUCAUUAAUACUUCUAUCAAAUAAACACCUUUAUAAUGGGCUAGUUAUAAAGGCUUCCUAAACAUUGUUUGGAUAUUAAUUAAAAAUGGUCUCAAUUGGGACGAUAUAGAUGCAUUUGGAAAUAAUUGUGUGCAUUUGGCAGCUAGUGGAGGAAAUCUGCAAGUAUUUUAAUGUUUUAUGAUGCUUGGUGUUGAAGUUACUGGUAAGAAUAGCCGUGGACAUGAAGUAUUAGAUUUGGCUACUAAUCCAGAAAUUAUUGCUCUUACAAAAAGUCAUAAACUCGCUUUGAGAUGUGCUGCCACAAACGAAGUCUUUAAUGAUUCAAUUAAAAAGCAUUGGUGCUCAACUUGCAGAAAAUUCUUUUGUGAUAAAUACUACAGAAUUGAAUGGGCAUGGGAAAAUCACAGCAGUUCUAUUCAAGAAAGAAUGGAUGGCAAAUGUUUGAAGUGUUGGGAAAAUAUAGCUCAUCAUUCAGAAUAGUUAAAAGAAAAGAUGAAAGAAUACGAAUAUAAAGGUCUCACUGAAAAAUUAAAUGAAAUUGAACAAUACAGCAUAUAAUAAUAAUAAAAUGUUUUAAUUAUUGAGAUAGACCUUAAGCUUCUUAAUGAUGCUAAAAUCAUUUAAGAAAGACUUAAGACUUAAAAUCAUAUUAAGGAAUUUAUUUCUUCUUUAAAAAUUGUUAAAGAUUAUAAAACUAUUAGAAAAUCAGCAAACAGAAUAAGAGAACUUAGAGAAGAUGCUGAAAAAAGAGGUGUCUAGUUAGAUGCUGAUGUUCUAGAACUUAUGUAAAAUUAAAUUGAUCGUUUAGAAUCUGAAAGAGACCUUCGUUAUGAGUUUGAUAAUUUAGACAUUGGCAAUUGCAAUCCAGAAUAAGUUUAAAAGCUGGAAAAGUUGAUUGAAAUUGCAUAAAAAAAUGGUGUUGCUUCCAAUUAUACUGACGAAGCUGUUGUUAUGAAAGAGAAAAUGGCUAGGAGUAUUAGAGUAAAAGACAUAUAUAAAAAAUUCACAGAUUAUCCUGUGAGGGCUGAAUAUAUCGAACCACUUUAUAUAGAUUUUAAAACUAAAAAACCAUUUGAUCCAAUUACAAAAAAACCUGCUGAUCUUAAGGUCUAUGCAGCUCCUCCUAAAAAGAAAAAGAAGAAAGAACCUAAAUUCAUUAUUCCAGAUUGGGCUACUGUUCUUAAAGAUAUGAAUUCAACUAUCUUAGAAGUAGAAGAAUUGUUAAAGUCUCAAGAGGAACUCUAGCUUGAAAAAGAAUUUGUAGAUUAAUGUAAUGAAUAAAUUGUUCGUAUGAAGAGAGAACUUAAAUGGCGUAAAGGUAUGGAAGUUCAAGAUCAAAUUAUUGCUGAAUAUAAAGCUGCUCAAAAAAAGAAAAAGUGA